GCUCGGCGGCGGCCGCGCCCCAGCGCACUCCGCCCGGCUGCACGGCGCUGCGCGACCCGGCCGGCAUGGCGCGCUGCGAGGAGGUUCACCGCCUCACCGAGACCGUCUACAAGACGAUCAUGGAACAGUACAAUCCCAGCCUCAGGAACUUCAUUUCCAUGGGCAAGAACUAUGAAAAAGCCUUGGCAAGUGUAACGUAUGCUGCAAAAGGAUAUUUUGAUGCUCUGGUUAAAAUGGGGGAGUUGGCCAGUGAAAGCCAAGGAUCUAAAGAACUGGGGGAUGUUCUCUUCCAGAUGGCAGAAGUUCACAGGCAGAUUCAAAAUCAGUUAGAAGAGAUGCUGAAGUCUUUUCACAACGAGCUACUGACGCAACUGGAGCAGAAAGUAGAACUGGAUUCCAGGUAUCUAAGUGCUGCGCUGAAGAAAUACCAGACUGAGCAAAGGAGCAAAGGGGAUGCGCUAGAGAAAUGCCAGGCAGAGCUGAAAAAACUUCGGAAGAAGAGCCAAGGGAGCAAAAACCCUCAGAAGUACUCGGACAAGGAGUUGCAGUACAUCGACGCUAUUGGCAACAAACAAGGUGAGCUAGAAAACCACGUCUCUGAUGGCUAUAAGACCGCACUCACAGAGGAGAGGAGACGGUUCUGCUUCCUAGUAGAGAAGCAGUGUGCUGUGGCUAAGAAUACCAUCUCCUACCACACCAAGGGGAAAGAGAUCUUGACACAGAAGCUCCCGAUUUGGCAGCAGUCUUGCUCAGAUCCCAACAAGAUCCCAGACCGGGCUCUCCAACUGAUGCAGCAGAUGGCCACCAGCAGCAACGGCACAAUCAUCCCCAGCGCCCUGUCCACGUCCAAAUCGAACCUAAUCAUCUCCGACCCUAUCCCCGGGGCCAAACCGCUCCCUGUCCCACCAGAGUUGGCACCCUUCGUGGGGCGCAUGUCCGCACAAGAGACCAUUCCCGUGAUGAACGGCGUCUCGGGCUCUGAGAGCGAGGAUUACAGCCGCUGGUCCGAGAUGAAGCCAGCCCAGCCGAAAUCCCGAUCUCCUCCCCAGCAUCAGAAGCAACUGAGUGACUCGUACUCCAACACGCUCCCUGUGCGCAAGAGCGUCGCACCGAAAAGCAGUUACGCAACCACUGAAAACAAGACCUUGCCACGCUCCAGUUCCAUGGCUGCUGGGCUCGAGAGGAAUGGCAGGACAAGAGUACAAGCCAUUUUCUCUCAUGCUGCUGGUGAUAACACCACCCUCCUGAGCUUCAAGGAUGGAGACCUCAUCACGCUCCUGGUGCCAGAGGCCCGAGAUGGAUGGCACUACGGGGAGAGUGAGAAAACAAAAAUGAGAGGCUGGUUCCCUUUCUCCUACACACGGGUUCUUGACAGCGAUGGAAGCGACAGGUUGCAUAUGAGCUUGCAACAAGGGAAAAGCAGCAGCACCGGCAACCUGCUGGAUAAGGACGACAUCGCCAUCCCGCCGCCAGACUACGCCGUGUCCUCAUCACGGGUCUUCCCCCCACAGCCUGUUGGCACUUUCAAACAGAGACCAUACAGCAUGGCAGUGCCUGCCUUCUCCCAGGACUACCUUAUGCCCUAUGGUUGUGCAAUUAAAGAAUACUCCCGUGGCCUGUGCCAACUGCCAUCUGCUCACUACAAGCCUUACACUAGGUCAACUGGUCUUGAGGACUAUGGGACGAGAGGUGGAAGCAGAAAUCCUUUUGCCAACAUCCAGCUGAAACCAACAGUGACCAACGACAGGUCAGCUCCCUUCAUCAGCUGAUCCCUGGGAUUGCUGGAGCCAGCAAGCACCUCCCGCCUGCACUGCUGUAUCUGACCCACUAUAGCCUCCUUGUUUGCAAGUCUGUCUUUCCAGAACUUUAUGUUUAGGCUGCAUUUACACCUGCUACUGCUGCGUGGAAGCCAAGAGCUAAAGCUGGUGUUUUGAUGGAGUCUCCUCUAGAGCCAGUGUAUUCAGCGCAAGGGGGUUAAACUCUGUUACCGUUCGUUCCAGGUGUGGAAGGAACAGCAGUCCCGGCCCUGGAUUCCCAGCCUGUAUCUUCCCACCCUGUUCAGUUCUCCUGAGGUUUAGUGAUGGACUAUCUCCUACAUGGAGCAAGAUACAGGGCAGGGCAGUGUAACCCUCACCCCAGCCCUCUAAAAGGAUGUCUGCAGGGCAACUGGGACAGAGACUCCUGGCCUAGGCCCACGGCCUUACGCACUACCCCUAGUGGUGUGGGUCAGGUCUACGCAGCUCGUGCUAGCAUAAGCCCUAUUAACACCCCUCUGUGGAGCUGGGUGGACAGUCUCGUGUCUCCCUGCAGUGUAGACACAGCCAAGGUUUGCAGAACCCUCCUUGAUGCUGUUUAGAGCUGACAAGGGCAGUGAGUGGUUAAGCCUUAGCCCCUUCCCUUCUUCGGGCCUGCAGCAAUUCUUAGCCUGUGGAACAGCAGAGCCAUGCAAAGUGCCGGUGUCCUCCCUCACCCUGCUGCUCAGGGCUAAGGGCUGGCUAGCACGGCUCAGCUGCUCCCAGGCAGGCCUGCUGAACUUCAGCUAAACAGUUGCAAUGGGUUUUACACUCAACCCACCUGGUGCAGUGUCUAUAUUUUAUUUAGCUCUGUCAGGUACUAUUCACCCUAGAACACCCCCUGGGCAGAGGUGACCAGUAAUACUCACCCUCUUACCGGUAAUCGUGUGUAGUGAAACCAUGGGGAAGAGGAAAGAGAGGUGCAGGAGGGUGCACCAUGCCUCCAUAACACUGUCCUAACCAAACGUCACUUGCCAGAGACCUGCCAGACCCCAGCUGCAGCUGCAGCCAGCUUUCAGGGCUGAAGGCGGGAGGGUCUGUGUGACUUGAAAGGUGCUGGGCUGCAAACAUUCCAAGUCCCUGAGGCCACCCCCCAUGCUAGUAGCGACUUCCCCAGGUGUCACUAGUGUCUGCCUUCCAGGCCCCUAUAAGUGACUGGCUGAGAACUUGGGGCAGCUGUAGACCAAUGCUUCCAGGGCCUGGUUCUGGUCCCAAGCCCAGGCUCCUCUCGCAAGUGCUUGGUGUAUGUUUUAGAAGAGCAGGUGUCAGGCUCUUUACUGAGAAACCUCUGUCUUAGCUGAGCUCUCUUCCCCCUUGUUUGUUACUAAAAUCGCUGCUGCUCAGAUAGUGCCUCUCUGCCCUCAGCUCGGCGUAGACAUCGCAGCUCCACCCCAGAGCUUGCGCCAAGGGUCCUGUGGAGCAGCAGCCUUGUGUCCUCCCUAAAGGAUGAGGGAAGAGAAAGGGGGGGAAGAAAGCUUCACCACCUGUGUGACCAGGACCUGCAUCGGGCCUGGGUCGUUCCCUGCCUUGCUCCAUCACAGGCUAGAUUAGAAAUCAGGGCAGGAAGCCCAGACCGUGCCUGUGGCAGGGGUUGCCCUCUUCAGUGUUUGGCCAUUUGCACUUUUUUUAAAAUUGCUAGAUCGCAGAGCAUGAGGGCUGCUGGUGCUUUACGGCGCUGUACAGUUAGCCCCUGAUCAGCUUCCGCCGCAUAGCGAACGAAACCAAAUGCAGAGUCCAGUGUUCGUAUUUUUAUAGAAAGGAAAGUAUAUUGGACCACUCUAAUCGAUGGCUGCUUGCUGCAGCCGCUCUGAGCCCUUCGCCCCACCUAGGAACGCUGGCUUAGUUCUCCGCUGUUGGCCAUAGCUUCUCUUCUCUAAGCUGGAGGAGACAUCUCACUGAAGGCGGGGGAGCUCCUGAGCCCGGCAGGGGGAGCUCCUGAGCCCGGCAGGGGGCCCCAAGCUGCAGUUACUCCCCAGGCUGCCUUGCACGGCUGUGGGUGAAGCUGGAUGGCACUGCCCUGGGGGGUUAAAUCUGUCCAAUGGUGUCGUCUCAAACUCUCCCAUCUGCUCUUCACGCCGCUGCGCACUGCGACUUCCCCCACUUUUCAGCGGCAUCAGUGAGGGCGCGGGCGGGCUCCUCUCACUGAGGUGACCCGAGGCCAUAACGCUGUCGCUCAGAGGUAUGAAGACUCCCUGGUGCCCGAGGGCUGCUGUUUAAACCGGCCUAACCCCUCAAGGCGGUGGUGCUAGGGAACAGCCUCAGCAACGCAUUACAGCUGCCCCCCUGCGGCAGGCUGAGCGUAGACAAGCCCUGAGACUGCACUGCUCUGAACCAGGCGCCCAUGCAGUGCCAAGCACAAAUACAACACCCUGGAAACUACCAGGGGCAGCACAAGUGACCGGCCUCAGUUUUCUGCUGUCCUAGUCCUCUCUGGGCCUGGUCCCUGCACCCAGUCCUUGCUCACUUGGUCAUUUUCCUGCUCCAUGAGUGAAGUUCUGCCAGGCUGCAGCCCUGCAGAUGCAGUAACUGGCUCAUGUGGGCCAAGGCCAGAUAAAGGCAUAAGCAAUAUUGUCCCCGGUUUAGGGCUGCAACUGCUAGAGGCCUAGGAUGAGCCCAGCAUCUUGUCCGUGAGCGCUGAAAAUGUAAAGGAGUGGCGCUGAUGCUUGCCUGAGUGUGCAGGCAGCCUGAACCAAUCGAUGUGAGCUGCCCACUCCAGCUUAACUCUGCCACCCUCUGGGGACAGCUCCAGCCGUGGUGUGCCUGAGGCCCCAUAUUGCCUUAAUUCCUCCCUGGGUGGCCCAAAGACUCAGAACUGCUGUGCAAAUGGGCCCUGAGUGAACUUGAACCUGGCCUCCCAGAAAUCAUGGGACCAAGGAGCUUGGCGCAGCUACGGGGCUCUGCUGGGACACGCCCCAUCCUAAUGGCGCUGGGCGUGGGUCUUUUGUCCUGGAGCUUUCCAUAUGGUGCCCACCAUCACGCUGUGCCUUCCUGUGGUGUGAGCGAGAGGGUUUGUGCACAGCAUCCGGCACUGCAGUCACUGGCCCACAGGCUCGGAGCCUAGCCGAAUCGUGAUGUCGUUACCCAGGACUGGUCACUGCUCCCCUCCCAACAGUGCGAAUGCACUGGAUCCCGUGCACAUGGGUGAACCCACGUGCCAGUGAGGGCUGAGGGCUGCUCCCAAUGGUGGUUCAUCAUGGCACUGCCUGGCCUACUCCCAGCACUUGUUCAAACCCUCCCAGAAAAGCUGCCUCGCCUGGAGGAGCCUGCUUAGCCUGAGCGCUUUGAACUUGGGCAACCAAGCUUCGCUUCUCAACCAGCAUGGCCCGGUAGAGGUGCUAGGCCACCGCUCUGGCUGCUUCCCUGCGCUUUCUAGUCAGGCUAGCAGCUGCACCAUGUACCCUGAAAUUGCUAUUUUUCGAAAAGUAAUUUAUGAGCAAUAAACCCCACAAAUCCUUGGCCUUGGUGCAUGACUCU